AUGGCAGCCCGAACAGCCCUCAGGAGAGCGCUCCGCCCCGUACGGAGCAGCGCCUUUACACAUUCCGAGCAACAAUUACGAUUUACACGACCCUUCUCAACAACCCUCCCCUCCCGCGCGGCACCGAAUACAACCAAUGCCCCCGACUAUGCCGUUCCCGAUCCGUCCAGGCCAACCCACUUUGGGUUUGAGACCGUAACAGAAGGCGAGAAGCGCGAACGUGUGGCCGGCGUCUUUACGAGCGUCGCAGAGUCGUACGACCGCAUGAACGACCUGAUGUCCUUUGGCUGGCACCGAGUGUGGAAAGACCAUUUCGUCGCCUCCCUCAACCCAGGCUUCUCCCCCCUAACCGCGGGCCCUGACCCCCGCGGACCACAACACAUUCUCGACAUCGCCGGCGGAACCGGGGACAUCGCCUUCCGGAUGCUGCGCACGGCCCACGAGCUGAACGGCAACACCGACGUGCGCGUAACCAUCUCCGACAUCAAUCGCGCCAUGCUCACGGUCGGCAAGCAGCGCGCCGAAUCCCUUCCCGCCUCCCACCAAGCCGCGCUCUCCUUCGUCGAAGCCAACGCCGAGAACCUCACCCAAACCCGCCCCUUACACGCCUACCCCUCCGCCGUCGAACCCACCACCCACGACGCCCACGGCAACAGCGAGCAAGCCUUCUUCGACCCAGCCACCGCCACCGGCAGCAUCCCCUCCUCCUCCGUCGACCUCUACACGGUCGCCUUCGGCAUCCGCAACUUCAGCAACAUCCCCGCGGCGCUGCGGGAAGCCCACCGGGUGCUCAAACCCGGCGGGGUAUUCGCGUGCCUGGAGUUCAGCAAAGCGACACGGUUCCCGGUGUUCAACGCGCUGUACAAGGAGUGGUCGUUCCGGGCGAUCCCGCUGAUCGGGCAGCUGGUGGCGGCGGACCGCGACAGCUACCAGUACCUGGUGGAGAGCAUCGAGCGGUUCCCGAGCCAGGGCGAGUUCCGCGACAUGAUUGUGGAUGCGGGGUUUGUGGUGGCGGGCCAGGGGUACGAGGACUUGACGGGCGGGGUGGCGGCGAUUCAUAAGGGCAUGAAGCCGCGGGCUUGA